UACGAAGCAACAACACAAUCAGAUUCAUUGAAUAAGUCAAGCAUAAUCCGAUAUUCGUCAUCAAAUUCGGAAAGUGGAGGGGCUACAGGAAUUACUAGUGGUAUAAACGAAAUUGAUAGUUCGGAAUAUGAUAGGCCACAUACUCUGCCUCAUCAAAUUCGCUCUGCAUUCUGA